AUGUUUGGUGUGAAAAGCGAUGGAAUCGCAGCCCAAGCAUCCGAGGCGCGAAAGUGUCAGCACUACGCUCGUCCGGGACACGUGUCCUUUGACGAACGCAGCUUUAAACUUACCACCUUAGCCGUGGAAAGCUUUGGCCGCCUUGGAGAGGAGGGUUACGAGUUCAUCGAUGAACUUGCGACACAUGCCGUGGGAGGAAGGGACGGAGGAACGAUGGCUCUGAAAGGAGUCUUCAAGGAACGACUUCUUCAGAUCGUUUCGGUGGCUACACAGGUGGCCAUAUCUCGGCGAGUGCAGAGGUACAAGCUCGCAUUGCGCGGGCGUCAAGACGCCGAAAACAGGCGAACAAGAUCGACCUCGGACCAGUCAACGCCAAUGAUAUGGGGAUGGAGUGUAGACGCAUCGUAGAACGCGUUUUCGUUUGAAGUUG